UUCAGUCAAAGUACAUUUCGAUCUCAAAAUGUUAAUAUUUUUGUGUCUUCUGUUGGUUCCACACUUUGUGGCUGGGGAGGAGAAUGUGGUGCAGCGCAUUGUAAAUGGAAAACUGGCCAAGAACAGGCAAUUCCCUUACGUGGUUCAUCUCAAAGUCUCCAAAAAUAAUAACGAUACCAGGGGGUGCGGUGGCAGUAUUAUUGCCAACACUUGGGUACUCACGGCGGCGCACUGCACUGAAAAUGCCACGUGGGUGAGCCUCAACUAUGGCGAUAUCUGGAGAGGAGACAAGCCAGCCAUGAAGCUGUUGGUUAAAGAUCACGUAUUCCCACAUCCACAGUACAAUUCGCGCUACAAUGGCUUCAACGAUAUUGCACUGAUUCGCACAGAGCGCGUGGAGUUCAGUGUCCACAUUCAGAGCAUUCCACUGCCCACCGAAUCCAGAGAUGGCCACAAUGACUACGUGGGUCAGUGGGCCACUGUCGCCGGCUGGGGUGAUCUACAUGACAGGGGAAAUGGAUCAGUUCGUUUGUUUUGGGCCUCGCUGCAGGUCGUCGAUCAAUCCGAGUGCCGAUAUCGUUACGGCAAGGACAUGAGGGGAGUUCUGUGUGCUCGAUCUGACAGUGAACAGUCUGUGUGCGGCGGAGACUCUGGUGGACCGCUGGUGCACAACAAAAAGAAAGAACUAAUUGGAGUCGUCUCAUUUGGAUCGCUGUCGGGAUGUGAAGAAGGUGGCCCAUUGGGAUUUAUGGAUGUUUCCAAAUACGUGGCCUGGAUUCGACAUGUCUCUGGUGUGGGUGCUAAAAAUUUACAAUAAUUUCAAUGCAAUUUC